UAUUAAGAAUUGGCAAAUAAUUUCAAGUGAACGUUUUGCAUAUAUUCUUAAUAUUAAUAUUGGCAUAGUUUCUACAAAAUUUGUCAAGACCUUAUCAUUCAAACAUUAAAAUGGACACUACUAUGUAUUAUGAAAAACCACUUUCUGAUUAUAGACGAAAUGAACGGCAAGAGAUGUUGAUAGCUGCUCCAUUAGACUUGUCAUUCAAAAAAGCAACCACAAUGAAUGAAUUGGCAAAUAAACGCCCACAAGCAGUACGAACGGGUAAAAUUCCGUUACGAACAGCUGCAGAUCGUUUUGUAACAUGUUCCUUGUGGUUAAGCAAUAAUUCAUUGACAUCAAUGUUCGGAUUUGAAAAUCUUGCACAAAAGCUUCUCGAUGAUCCAUCGCACCUUAGUUGGCUCGAUCUUUCUUUCAAUGAGAUAGAACAAAUUGCUGAUGAUAUUACACAUUUUCCGAAUUUAAAAAUUUUUUAUUUGCAUGGAAACAAUAUUUCGGAUAUAAAUGAUGUUGUAAAAUUGAAAAAGUUAUCAACUCUUAAAUCUUUAACGCUACAUGGAAAUCCCAUUGAAAAUCUUCCAUAUUAUAGAGGAUACAUCGUUCACAUUCUUCCACAAUUAACAACGCUAGACUUUUCAGCGGUACUAUCAACUGAGAGGAAGAAGGCAGCACCGGCUGGAUUUUACAAAAUAAUAUAUGGUAGUACAUGAAUAUAAAACU